AUGUCGCAAGAGAAACUUCGUUUUGAUGUUAACCAUCUGGAACUCGCCCUGACGGCUUCUUCCAAGGAUGAGCUUGCACGCCAAGGAGAGGAAUUAGAGGAGCUGGAAAAAAGGUAUGGGGUUUGGGAAUCGUGUAAACAGAAUAAACUUGCUCUUUUUUACAGUAUGCUCAUACAUUCCGUCCUAUUUACAAUCUCUAAAUAAUUUUGUUGUAGUCCUAGCAGCGUACAGUUGCGCCGCUGCUUGGGUAAGUCUAUUGGAUCCAAAAAGCAAACUCCUCUUCUGACUUUGGAUAUAGGGCUAUGAUACCAUUGCGAAUACUGCUACUUUAGCUUUGCCGUCCUUUCAGAGAUAUUUUGGAGUCCAUAUGGACGAGACGAAUUCUUAUUAUCUGGAAUCAAUAUGGACUUCUCUGUGGGCAUCUAUGACUGGAAUGUAAGCUUUGUUUCCCUUUAUUAAAUGUACCCCCUUCUUCAUACGAGAAGUUUGGGUGCUUCGUUAGUUUGAGAAGAAAACGAUGGAAUACUGACUUCAUCAUCUUUCAGCGGACAAGUGGUUGGGUCUGUGAUUGCGGGACCUAUUUCACAAAGAAUUGGAAGAAGAUACACGGCAAUGGGGUCUGGUACUGUUUCAGUAAGUCAAACCAUUCAUUCCUCGGGUUUGUAUUUCUUUUCUAACUGUCAUGGUAGGUUUUGGGCGUUACUCUGCAAUACCUCGCUACUCAAAAUGGGGUUCUUCUAGCGGGUAAAAUUAUAAACGGAGCAGCCGUUGGUGGGCUCUUGAGUAUUGGAACGACAUAUGCCUCAGAGGUAUGCAAGAUCUUCAAUCCUCCGAAGAAUCAUUUCCUUAAAACUCGUUAUCAAAUGCUUACCAUACUGUCAGAUUUCCCCACCACGUCUUCGCGGUAUCUUACUAGGAGGCUUCCCAUACUUCGCAAUUGCCAUGCAAUGCAUGGGACUCACAAUCAUACGUAUAUUAGUUCCCAACACCAGCCCCAUCUCUUUCCGCAUAGCAUUAGGACUCCAAUGGCUUGUUGGUGGAAUUCCAAUCAUCUUUUUCUUCUUCGUCCCUGAGUAAGUUCCAACAUCCCAACCAAGAAAACAAACGAGUAUAUAUCAUUAACAUACCCCAGAUCACCAAACUACCUCCUCCUCCGCGGCCGAGCCCCAGAAGCCCGACGCGCUGCAUCCCGUCUCUACAAUCCUCAAACCGUCCCCGCACGCAUGGCCCAUCUGGAAAAUAGCAUCUAUACCGAACUUCAAAAAGCGCGAGAGUUAAGCCAAGCAAGCUACCUCGACUGUUUCCGCGGCACGGAUCUCAAACGUACCCUAACAGUCUGUCUCUUGAUGUUCGGAAAUGGCCUCAACGGCUCCGCAUUCCUGACUCAGAAUCUGUAUUUCCUAGAUAUUGCUGGGCUCCCCACGAUUCGGGGGUUCGAUAUCAAUAUUGGUGGUUUUGCACUGGCGCUGGUUGUCAUACCCCUUUCGUGGAUGUUUGGCGAUAGGAUUGGGAGGAGGACAUUGUACCUCAUUGGUGUGUCGGGGAAUAUUAUUGGCAUGGCUGUAGUUGGUGGACUAGGAUACGUAACAGACAACAAAGGGGUAAUCUGGGCCGUUGCCGUAUUACUGUAUAUCUCCCUCACUCCCUCCUUUCCCCUUCCUUGCUAACGACACCCAGAAAUCUCCUCAUCAGCUGGCAACUCAUAACCUCCUUCAUGGUCUCCUGGACCAUGUCACCCGAACUCUCAUCCUACACCCUCCGCCAACCCACCCAAUCCAUCGGGAUCUGCAUGCAAGCCCUCAACUCCUGGUUCUUCGCCUUCGUCACCCCCUACAUGUACAACAUCGGCCCCGGAUCCGGGAAGCUCGGUGCAAAAACGGGCUUCGUAUUUGCGGGUACUAGUAUCCUGCUUUGGGUCAUGGCGUGGCUGUGGUUACCCGAGACCAGGGGAUUGGGGACCGAGGAGUUGGAUAGGCUGUAUGAGGAACGUGUUAGUCCCAGGGAGUUUGGGAGGGAGGUGAGGAGGUUGAGGGCGCGGGGGAAGAUGGCGGGGAGUAUGGGGAGUGGGGAGGGGAGUAUAGAUGCGAGGGAGAGGGAGAGAGAGAGGGUUGAUAUAGGUGCGGGUCAGUUUCGGAGGUUGAGUAGUGCGGCAGAGCUGCAACCUAAAGGAGUUUGCUAA